UGGCCAACGCGUUUCUCAUCAGGGUGGAGUUUGAAUUAGUAGGUAAACUAAACGAGAGCUGGAUCCAGUGCCAUGUGUUAGUCUAUGCUUUACACAUUUACUGAUAGGUAGAGUCCAGGUAGAAAAUGUAGAGUUUAAACUCGGCUAUAAUUAGGUUUUGACUUUGCAAGUGGUAAUUAUUUACUGUUAUAGAUUGUAGAGUGUUAUUUUUGGAUUAUAUUUAGAAGCUUUAUGAAGUUGAUGGAUAUUUAUGGCGUGUGGGCUGUUUUUUUUCUUUUAUUUGCUGAAUCUUUAGUUUAGUUCGUAGUUAGUUAAUUUAGUUCACCGCUAAUGCUCGCCCCUAUCCGGCCAGCCCGGGCCAGCGAGUGGCUCCGUAGCGCCCUGGCCGAGCACUUCAGCCCGGACCCCGGCGUGCGCAACGAGGUGGUGGUGCUGGCGCUGGGUGUGGACCAGUACCUGCAGGAGGUGUUCCACCACCUAGCGCUGUGCUGCGGUGGCGGUAGCGGGGAUGGGGAGCUGCUGUCCGGCGGGGACUUUAGGCUGCUGUGCGGGUGUCUGAGCCUGCGGGAGGAGGAGGUCUGCGCGGGGCUGCCCGCGGCGCUCACCUUCAGGGACUUCCACUCGCGCCUCUGCGGGGUUUUCGCAGCCCGAGCCGGGCCGCCCGGCCUCCGCCUGCCCGUGACGGAGGAGACGGAGCUCGUGGAGCGGGAGAUCCGCCGGCGGUGUCCCAGAGUCCGGAGGAGGAGGCGGGUGAGCUUCGACCUGAGUCAGGACCGAGCACAGAGCCGCCGACGAGCCUCAAAACACGAGUCCAGCAGAGAAACAGAGCUGGAGAUGCAGCAGAAACCAUGGCAAGAGCAGGUAGAGAUGGAGAACGCCAGUCUGCGGGAGCUGGUGGAGGACCUGCGCUCGGCUCUCCAGAGCAGUGAUGCCCGCUGCAUGGCCCUCGAAGUGGCUCUGCGAAGGGAACGCCUGGCAACGUCCUGCAGACUCUGUUCUACAGAGGGCGCCACUGAAAGACAGAAUAUCCCUGCCGGAGAUGACCCCAGAGUAAAACAUCCCAAGAGUGCCGGACGGGACAGCCGGAGGCGCACCAAGGACCUGCUGCGGGAACUGGAGCUGAUUCGUGCUUCGCGGGAUGGACAGCUGCAGGAGGCGAUGAGGUUCAACCAGCGUCUAGAGGAGGAGCUGGCGGUGGCCUACGGGGAGGUCAGUAGGCUAGAGGAGACAUUAGGCAACAUGAGGAGAGAGAGCGCUGAGAUCAAGAAGAGAGCAGAGGAAGCAAGAACUGCUCUGGCUGCGGGACUGAAAAGAGUCAGGGAUAUCCAGGACCUGGCGCAGCAGGUGGCUCCACUGCAGGAGAAGGUGCAGAACCUCGAGACAGAGCUGGACAGGUUCAGAUCCCAGUGCACCUGCAGGGCUUCGUGUGAGCAGAGCCCGGAUGCUCCGGUCGAUUCUGCUCCUCGGAUCCUCCCUACGGGCCGAGACGAGACUUUAAUCAGAGGAGAAGAAGGCCUGCAGAGGGCGGUCGAGGGCCGUGCAGCGUCUGAUGAGGAGGAGGAGGAGAGGGGUGCGGAGGAUGGGCAGUGCUGUCUGCUGGAGGUGAAGCGGCUGAUCAACAGGCUUCAUAACUGCUCCAAGGGGUGUCAGAGGACAGCUGUGUGUCACCUGCUUCUGUCCCAGAACUCGACUGGAUGUUACGGCGAGCCGUGCGGCUGCUCAGGGUCAUGGGAGGGGAAGACGAGGGGCAGACGGCACUACGCUCUCCCAGACGAGAGAGAACUGGAUACGGACCUGCAGCUGAAGCCGGAGGAGGUGGACAGAUGGACGGUGCAGACGGAACGAGUGCGUCUGUCCUUGCUGGAGGAGAAACAAACUGACACACUGUCCCUCCUGCUGAAGUUACGGGAAAAAAAAGUCUCGAGGAGAGUCCUGGGUAGAAUUCUUUUGGACACAUUGGAUCUGUGCAACAGAAAAGGCCAAGAUCCCACCCCUGUUUUUCAGGUGGUGAACACUCUCUGUGAGCAGCUGGUCUCCAAUGAGCUCCUGUAUGGGGAAGAAGAGGUCACACUGGGGUCUCAGCCCAGAGUGACCCCAGGUCAUCGAAACGCCAAUAACCCCCUUCUCAUCUCCUGCUGAGAGAGAGACUUUUAAGACCCUUUUAACUACAUUCAGGCUCCAGACUUUAAAUAGGGUCCUGCACAGACCACCCAUGGGUCACGGGUAGUGAGGAGAGCUGCUGCUAGUUUAUACAGUUUCCAAUCCAUGUGUGAAAAUGAUGAUCUCGUGCUCCAUGAAUCACUCUUUCACAAUUCCAGCCCCAUGAAUCCUGACACUGUCAUCUUGGAAUAUGCUUGUGCCAUCAGGCAAGAAAAAAUCCAUUGAUGGAAUAACCUGGUCUAUCUUCAGUAUAUUCAGGUGGUCAGCUGACCUCAUUCUUUCAGCACAUACUGUUGCUGAACCUAAACCUGACCAACUGACCAGGCCAGACCAACUUUGCCGGUUUGUCUCACUGAUAAGUGCAUUUCUUAAGGCCACACAGCUGUUUAAUCCCAAUCUCUUGAGUUCCCUUCACAUUGUGCAUAUGGAAAUGCUCUUACUUUGACUAUUAAACAUAUCCCUGAGUUCUA